CCAUCCCCCCACCGCCCCCCUGCUUCUGCUAGGUGUGAGUAUGUGGCAGGGCCCAGCAGACUGUUACCCUUCUCUUUCCAAUAACAGCCAGCCUCUCCUCCUCACCUCCUCCCAAGCAGAGCACAUGUCCCCCGUAGUACUACAGGGGAGGAGGACUGAGGAGGGGCAGGAGGAGGAGACGGAGGAGGAUUCUUGAGCGAAAACGGAGCCCUUUCAAAGUUCCCUGCUGCAGUCUCUCCUAGCCACCUGGGAUGGGCACAGCCCCCUGUCCCCCUGUUGAAUUGCUAAACUGCCACCUGCUUCUGAGCGUUUGUUCAACCUGGUGGAAUCCUCAGAACCAGGAGGUAAGCGAAUCCUUCUGAAGCCGACUUCUGGUUGUGCCGAGUUGUCCUGGCUCUUCUGGCCCAGAGUCCUGCCCCUGCCUCUGGCUGGAGCCCGUGUCCUGGGCCUCACCUAGGAGUAGACGGGAGCCAUCUGCCCCCACCCACAGCCAUGAAUUUCCUCCGGCGGCGUCUCUCCGACAGCAGCUUUGUGGCCAACCUGCCCAACGGCUACAUGACGGACCUGCAGCGCCCAGACAGCUCCACCAGCUCCCCCGCGUCCCCCGCCAUGGAGAGAAGGCACCCCCAGCCCCUGGCAGCCUCCUUCUCCUCUCCAGGAUCCAGCCUUUUUAGCUCCUUCUCCAGUGCCAUGAAGCAGACCCCGCAGGCUUCCCCGGGACUGACGGAGCCUCCCGGUCCCUCCACGCCUGUGGUUCAGAGGCCCAGGAUCCUGCUGGUGAUCGAUGAUGCCCACACAGACUGGUCCAAGUAUUUCCAUGGCAAGAGGGUGAAUGGAGAGAUUGAGAUCCGAGUGGAACAGGCAGAGUUCUCGGAGCUGAACCUGGCUGCCUACGUCACGGGGGGCUGCAUGGUGGACAUGCAAGUCGUGAGAAACGGGACCAAAGUCGUGAGGUUGUGGGGAUGGAAGGGGAGAGGGAAUUUCGCACUCGUCUCCAGGCCUCGGAGCUGUCGUCCAAUCAGACUUGGAAUCCCCCGUUGCAACCCCAGCUCCAGAAACCAUCCCCAAUCCUUCAAGCCCGACUUCAUCCUGGUCCGCCAGCACGCCUACAGUAUGGCCCUGGGAGAGGACUACCGGAGCCUGGUCAUCGGCCUCCAGUACGGAGGGCUGCCAGCCGUCAACUCCCUCUACUCCGUCUACAACUUCUGCAGCAAGCCCUGGGUGUUCUCGCAGCUCAUUAAGAUCUUCCACUCCCUGGGCCCUGAGAAGUUCCCUCUUGUGGAGCAAACGUUCUUCCCCAACCACAAGCCAAUGCUCACGGCCCCGCACUUCCCGGUGGUGAUCAAGCUGGGACACGCCCACGCGGGAAUGGGCAAGAUCAAGGUAGAAAACCAGCACGACUACCAGGACAUCACCAGCGUGGUGGCCAUGGCCAAGACCUACGCCACCACCGAGGCCUUCAUCGACUCCAAGUACGACAUCCGCAUCCAGAAAAUCGGCUCCAACUACAAGGCUUACAUGCGAACGUCCAUCUCUGGAAACUGGAAGGCCAACACAGGCUCCGCCAUGCUGGAGCAGGUGGCCAUGACUGAGAGGUACAGGCUGUGGGUGGACAGCUGCUCAGAAAUGUUUGGCGGGCUGGACAUCUGUGCCGUCAAGGCCGUGCACAGCAAGGACGGCAGGGACUACAUCAUUGAGGUAAUGGACAGCUCAAUGCCCCUGAUCGGGGAGCAUGUGGAAGAGGACAAGCAGCUGAUGGCUGACCUCGUUGUCUCCAAAAUGAGCCAAUUCCUAAUGCCAGGGGGCACAGUACCCUCACCCCUGAAGCCAUGGGCUCCACAGACCAAACCCGCAAAAUCCCCCGGGCAAGGCCAGCUGGGACCUCAGCUGGGACAGCCCCAGCCACGCCCACCUCCACAAGGGGGUCCUCGUCAGGCCCAGUCUCCUCAGACCCCCAGAUCCGGAAGCCCCUCCCAACAGAGGCUCUCCCCGCAAGGCCAGCAACCCCUGAGCCCCCAGUCUGGAUCCCCACAGCAGCAGCGGUCGCCAGGAUCUCCACAGCUCUCCCGGGCAUCUGGGGGCAGCUCCCCGAACCAGGCCUCCAAGCCGGGCACCAGCCUGGCCUCGCAGCCCCGGCCGCCCGUGCAGGGCCGCAGCACCUCGCAGCAGGGGGACGAGUCCAAGAAGACAGCAGCGCCCCAUCCCCAUCUCAACAAAUCUCAGUCCCUGACUAACAGCCUCAGCACCUCGGACGCCUCCCAGCGCGGGACCCCGAGUGAGGACGAGGCGAAGGCCGAGACCAUCCGCAACCUGAGGAAGUCCUUCGCCAGCCUCUUCUCGGACUAGCCCCGCCGGGCAGAGGGCAGGAGCCCGGGACCCUGGGCCCUCUCCUGGCCCGGCCUCCCCCUCGGCCUUCGUUCCUGGCAGGAAGAGGAGGCAGGGCCCAAGAACACACUUUCCAAAUGCCUUCGACCCAGGAACGGACUGACCGUCUCCGUGUGUCCCCACUGUCCUUCGUCGUGACCCCAGCGCUGUCUGAAUGAGGGGUGGGCCCUGGAGAGCCGCCCGGCUCCCCGACUUCGGCCUCUAGACAGACCGCGCCGCCCGCCGUCCCCUCGCUUGCUCCCCUGUGCCCUAGUUCCCACAGUUUCCACGUCUCUCCUUAGUGCUGUGCUUGCCCUUGGGCCGGGUCCCCUCCCAGGCCCUGGCCACCCCGAUCCAGUGCAGCCCCUGGAGUCGACCCCUCCACACAGGAGGCAAUAAUUUUUAACAGCAAAGAAAGAAAAACCCCAGCAGGGCCUCUACCCCCUGCCCAAACCCGUGCUGGACCUGCCCUCAGAGCAGCAGGCAGAGGCCCUUCACGGCCAGGGCACGGGGGGAGGAGACUGAGGUCCACAGGAAGCAGCCAGACCUGGGCCACUCGUGGGGCCUUUAAACAGCAGAAGCAGAGAGACGCCCUCGGGUGCCGCCCAGGCCGAGGGUGGCCCUUAGCUGGACAGCCACGGUGGGCACAGGCUCUUGUAGGAAUCCUGACCAUCCUCGAGACCUGCCCAUGUGUCAGG